ACUUUCUAAAAACAGCCCUGACACCCGCUCGAGCAGCCAGUUUGGGUGCCACACUAUACUCAGUGUGAGGAACAGCUUGAACCGGAGCAAAUACCGCGGGCCUACUUUUCAAUUUUACUCCGAAAUAAGCGGCUUGGGACGUUAUAAUGCCGAAUUAACCAUUUCUUAUUAUUCAUUUGACACUUUUAACGUCUUAACGGAGUGAGUGGGUGUGUAUCAGAAGGGAAACGUCAUGGACAAUUUGGAGAAGCAGUUGAUUUGUCCCAUCUGCCUGGAAACAUUUACCAAACCAGUGGUCAUUUUACCGUGUCAACACAACCUGUGUAGAAAGUGUGCCAAUGAUAUCUUUCAGGCCUCCAACCCAUACCUCCCAACCAGAGGGGGGUCAGUGACCUCCGGUGGCCGUUUCCGGUGCCCGUCCUGCAGGCACGAGGUGGUCCUGGACCGCCAUGGGGUCUACGGGCUCCAGAGGAACCUGCUGGUGGAGAACAUCAUCGACAUGUUCAAACAGGAGUCCACCAGCGCCAAGCCAGCGGCCCCAGAGAGGACAGAGGAGCAGGCCAUGUGCCACGAGCACAAGGAGGAGAAGAUCAACAUCUACUGUGUGACCCACAGCGUUCCCACCUGCUCCAUGUGCAAGGUGUUUGGAGCCCACCAGGACUGUGAGGUGGCGCCGCUCAAAAGCAUGUACCAGACACAGAAGACGGAGUUGACUGACGGGAUAGCGAUGAUGGUGGGGAACAACGACAGGAUCCAGGGCAUCAUCAGUCAGUUAAAGGAGACCUGCCGGACCAUAGAGGAGAAUGGCAGGAGGCAGAAGUCCCAGCUGUGUGAGAAGUUUGACCAUCUGUACGCCAUCUUGGAGGAGAGGAAGAGGGACUUAAGUUCUAAGGUGGUGGCUGAGCAGGAAGAGAAGCUCAACUACAUUCGUGGUCUAACCAAGAAGUACAAAGAGCACCUGGAGCAGAGCUGUAAGACCGUAGAGACAGGCAUACAGACCUUGGAGGAACCAGAGAUGGCUGUCUUCCUACAGACUGUAAAAGACCUCCUUAAAAGGACUGGGGAGGCGUUGAGUACCUCCCACCUGGAGAAGGUGGAGCUUGGAUAUGAGGCGAUGGAUCACUACACCGUUAACUUCUGGAGAGAGGGCAGGGCCCUGCGUAGCAUUGACUUCAUCUCAGAUGACGAAGAUGAGUAUGAGGAGGUAGAUGGGGGAAAGGCAGAGGCUGAAGUAGGAGGUGGAGCCUCAACAGCUGCCCCACUCCCAUCCCCCGCCCAUUAACUCAGCCAACCACAGAGCACAGCCAACCAUCAGCCAUGGCCCAAACAGAGAUGGAGAGGAAGUGAGACAUCAGACUCCCUCGUUUUUUUCUGGUUCAUAUAGAGUCAUUGAACUAUGCAGACCAAACCCAGCUGCUAAUGCAUUGAAGCCUAUGUGAGAGCCACCUCGUUAAUCAGACCGGAACUGAUCCUUUUUUUUCAGUGGUAAACGACCUGAGAGGGACAUCUUAAUUUAUCCACCAUCUUUGGUCCAGACUCAUAGAUACUUCCUGCAAGAGUAGGAUGAAGUUGCUCCUGGACAUUGGUCUAAUGUCAGUUUUGAGUUUUCCCUCCUCAUGGUUAAGGUUAGGAUUGGGGAAAGCUAAGCUGAUCCAUGAUCAGUGCCUAUGGACAACAUCUACCUGAAAGCACACCUGCACAGGUGAUAGAUAGAGCCUUCUGACACAAAACUCUCCUGGGACUUCCUCCCAAAGCUGUGGUUGGAUGCAGCUGGAUGUGGACAUGUUUUUUUCCCAAUAGGAGUGCAUUUCAGGAGUCAGGAAGUUCACUAUAGGAAGACUUUUUAGCCUGAUUAAAUUUGAUUUGUUAAAGAAAUAUGCUAACAAGGUAGUUUUUUUGUGGCUAAUUUUAGUUUUCCCUCAGACUGCCGUUGUAGAGUUUUGUCUAAGCAGCAGUGUUGUUUCUUUAAUGAAGUUGGCAAGAUGCCACCGUCUGAACUACAUCAUUAGAGAAUAUCAUCAGCUGAACAUCUCAAACAAGAACUUCCAGAAGAUUUUUUUGCCUUUUAUUGUUUUGUUUUUUACUGAAAAAGUAUUAAAAAAUAUAUAUAUAUAUAUUUGGUUACAUUAUGAAUUCACAUAGUAUAAUAAUAUAUACAGUACCUUCAGAAAGUAUUCACACCCCUUUACUUUUUCCACAUUUUGUUGUUACAAGGUGGGAUUCAAAUUGAUUUCAUUUUUAUCAACGAUCUACAUAAAACACUGUAAUGUCAAAGUGAAAAAUUAAAUUAGAACAUUUGGAAAAUAUUUAUGAAAAAUGUAUGAGUCAUGUUAGAAUCACCUUGGCAGCAAUUACAGCUCAGUCUUUCUGGGUAAGUCUCUAA